CAGUUUUCAAGCUACAGCAGCCCCAUGGCACCCUCCAAUCACAGUGCCUGCUAUUGUACGUGACUCAAAUAUUACUCUCCUCUCAUUGCCACCCGUCUCCCCUUCCCCACCAGCAGUUUCCAAGCUACAGCAGCCCCAUGACACCCCCCAAUCCCAAUGCUUCGGCGGGAGCAGGAGCGGCAGCAGGAGGCGGGAUGGGAAUGCCUGGGGCAAUCGGCGGUGGGAUGGGCGGCGGAAUGGGCGGAGGCCUGGGCGGCGGCAUGACCACUCCGUACGGAAUUCGCCCACCGGUGCCGCCCGCCCCGUACGGCUCGUCGUCCCCAAUGUCCCCUGGUUCGGGGAAGGGAGGGUCUGGACAAAUGCGAAACCAGCCGCGCUCGGGGUAUUGA